GAUCGAUGCGCAGCCAUGAGUCAAGAGCAUAGGUGAUCAAUCUCGUUCCCUCGCGACUGCGACUCGCAGCCCUCCGUGAAGCGAGAAUGGAAGUCCACCUCCUAACGUUGAAUCACUCCGAUCAGGGGCCUGGAUCAGCUCGAAUGCCCCAUGACCAGUAGCAAGCAGUACUGGGAUUGUGAGGAGCGUGCUGUGCUGGUUCUCCGCAGCUAGAUGCGCUGUUGUGUGGCUCUUCAGCUUCAUCUGAAGGGAUGAGACACUCCAUCACAGCUGCCGUCGACCUUCCAGCAAGAUCGGGAGCCAGAUUAGAAAACGUAUGACAGGCUUUGUCAGACGGGCGUGCAACUCAAACAUUCGGGGUCCGUCGAGUGCGGACCGAGCGAGCCUGCACCACCUCCCGAAUCCGAUUGGGGCCUGCCAUGCAAAGUGCAUACCCGCCAUUUCGAGCACACGCUUCAGCGUGUCGCUUGCUGGAUAAGAUCGAGAGCGUUGCGGCAACAUUUCUCGAGCAGCUUGCGGAAGGGCUCGUGACGGACCAUGACCCCCAUCGGCCAGAGUGCAGGAUCGAAGCCGUAGGGGAGCCGCAGGACGAGCAAGCAAACAACAGUGGCAUGGACAGCGAUGCCGAGAGCGAGAGCAGCAUACAUGAGGAAGGACCCCUCACAGUAGAGCCCAUUCAGCCUGGCAUGAAUCAGGCAGUGCUGCGCCCGAGCUUGAUGGCGUUUCCCCGUCAGAGGUCGCGAUCCGUACUACGGAUCGCUCAAAUCCUGACAAUCCUGGCUUCGAUGCAGGCUGCGAUCACCGAGAGGGUCACAGUCUCCAGAAGAGCCGUGUACUACGAGAACCCCGCCCUUUUCGGCACGCAAGCAAGAGUGGAUGAGCUAGUGCGCGAGCUAUGUUCAGCAUUGUCAGCACCGGCCUGGACUCUGGGUAUCGCAGCAGCUUCGAAGGGGCUUUGGGCAGGCGACUUGUCCGUAGUCUAUUCGGACUUCACCACCCUGCGCGGGCAUACCUCAGCUGCCACCCGGCAAGGGGAUCAUUCUGACCAGCUUUCCGUGACAACCACAGAGCACCUCAUCGGGAACGUCGAGAGCAUCGUCAAGCUGUCAACCAGCGCAGGGUGGAUCUGCGUUGUCGAGAAGGAGGCCGUCUUUCGAUCCCUCCUUGCCGACAGCAGCUACUUGCGGGAAUACGGUAUCGAGGGCAGUGGCGCGGUAAUCACAGGCAAAGGCUACCCGGACGUGGCCACCCGCAGCUUUCUGAAGCUGCUGAGCACAUCGUUCCCAUCGAUUCCAGUGAUCUUGCUUGUUGACAGCGAUCCUUUCGGUCUCGAUAUUGCACGCAUCUACAGAUUCGGCUCCAUCUCAUCAGAGCCGGAAGACGUCGAGAGCCUCGCUUUGCCGCAGAUCAGGCUUUUGCAAAGUUCGAGGCCUCUAGGCGAGUACGACAACUCUCAAAGCUCAGUCUUGCAGCUCACUUGCCGCGAUAGGAACAAAGCGCGCAGUCUGCUCCGACUCAGCGGGCAUCGGCAGCUGCCAGAGGAAUGGCGAGCGUCCUUAUCACUCAUGAUCUGGACUGGUAAGAAGGCAGAGCUCUGA